GGGGGGAGAUCCAACUGACAAACUUUUUUUUCCACUUUUUUUCUUGCACUUCUUCUCUUUCCCUUUCUCCUUCUUUCUUCUCUUCUUUGUGUACUCUUUAUUUUUCUUCUUCUCUAAGAAACAAAAGAUUUAGUUGAAUAACUAACUGCAUAAUACAUAAUGUCCAAAGGUAAGGUCUGUUUAGCAUACUCUGGUGGUUUAGACACCUCCGUCAUUCUAGCUUGGUUGUUAGAAGAAGGUUAUGAAGUCGUUGCCUUCAUGGCCAACAUCGGUCAAGAAGAAGACUUUGAAGCCGCAGAAAAGAAGGCUUUGGCAAUCGGUGCGACGAAGUUUGUGUGUGCUGAUGUCAGAAAGGAAUUCGUUGAAGACGUUUUAUUCCCAGCCAUUCAAGUCAAUGCCAUCUACGAAAACGUGUACUUGUUGGGUACUUCAUUGGCUAGACCUGUUAUCUCCAAAGCACAAAUCGAUGUGGCCGAACAAGAAGGCUGUUUCGCUGUCUCCCACGGUUGUACCGGUAAGGGUAACGAUCAAGUCAGAUUUGAACUUUCUUUCUACGCUUUGAAGCCAGACGUCAAGGUCAUUGCUCCAUGGAGAGACCCAGUCUUCUUCAAGAGAUUUGCAGGUAGAAAAGACUUGUUGGAAUAUGCUGCAUCCAAGGGUAUUCCGGUCACACAAACCAAGGCCAAGCCAUGGUCCACCGACGAAAACAUGGCACACAUCUCCUUCGAAGCAGGUAUCUUGGAGGACCCAGAUUGCACCCCACCAAAGGACAUGUGGAAAUUGACUGUUGAUCCAGCCGAUGCUCCAGAAACUCCAGAAGAUUUCCAAGUCGAGUUCGCCAAGGGUAAGCCAGUAAAGUUGACUUUGAACAACGGUAAGUCUGUUACUGACCCUGUUGAAAUUUUCCUCACUGCUAACGCAAUUGCAAGAAGAAACGGUGUCGGUAGAAUCGACAUUGUCGAAAACAGAUUCAUUGGUAUUAAGUCCAGAGGCUGUUACGAAACCCCAGGUUUAACUCUUUUGAGAUCCACCCACAUUGACUUGGAGGGUUUGACUCUGGACAGAGAAGUCAGAGCAAUCAGAGAUACCUUCGUUACCCCAACGUACUCCAAGUUGUUGUACAACGGUAUGUACUUCACUCCAGAGUGUGAGUAUGUCAGAUCCAUGAUCCAACCAUCCCAAAACACUGUGAAUGGUUUAGUCAGAGCAAGAUGUUACAAGGGCUCUUUGAUAAUCUUAGGUAGAUCUUCCAGCACUGAAAAGCUAUACGAUGCCACCGAAUCAUCAAUGGAUGAAUUGACUGGUUUCGAACCUCAAGAAGCUUCUGGAUUCAUUGCUGUCCAAGCUAUCAGAAUCAAGAAGUAUGGUGAAAAGGCAAGAGAAGAAGGCGGCUCUUUGGCUUUAUAAUCAUUUCCACUCUAAAAAAAGAACCGGUAUAAUAGUAAUAUUUAUAUUAUAAUAAAUUUAUGUGUAUAGAAACAAAAAAAAGAGCAACAAUAAAAAUAAGUAACGGCUUAACUCAAAUAAAAUAAAAAUUGUA